CUUUCUGUCUUUUUUCUUUCCCAUAACCCACCAAUUUCCCAACAUUUUUCCGCGCCACGAGCUGACUUAACACUAGUUCUCUCUUCCCCAGCUGCCCCAGGUCUAAAUUGAGCGAUCACGACUUAACUACUCUGCUAAAACCCCGCGAAUAUAUCGACUAUUGGAUGCCUUUCGGGCGGUAUGGUCAGAUUGGGAAUCAUGCAGGUACAUCUUUUUCCAUAUCAGGAAGGCCGGGCGUGACUUGACAUCAUCCCACUCGGGCGUUUUGUUUUCUUCGCAGUGAAAAUGAAGAUCUGCUAAGGGUAAUUAAUAACUGGGGUUGUACUAUGCCGAAACCCCGCAAGACUAACAUCUUAUUCUUCGACGGUAAUUUAUAUGACCAAAAAAACCGGGGUCGGAGCACAGAUGGAGAUAAGUCGAUGCGCACAAAGCAGAACAGCUCACGAGGGGUAUACGAUAUGUAUGUAGCUGCAAAGAGGUGGAUGUUGGGCAAGGCUUAACGCCCUGGUCAUCGUUGCAAGCCGAUGUGGUAGUCGACUCCCGGCAUAUUGGAUACACAUGUGAUAACCAGGUCCGCCUUGAAGUUGAACUCCUCUCCCUGAUUUCACUCAAGAAGUCUUCAGGCGUACAUUCUUCUACUGCAUCCAAGCGUCCUUCAGCCAAAGCAAAGUGAUCAUGACGUCCGCCUUUCGAGAAGACCGAUCUCACUUUGAGGCCAGUAGUCCUACAACUUCUGUACAUGGCGGUCGAGGUGACGAUGGCGAAGGAGCAGCAACUGCGCCGGUGAGGCAGAGUGAUGAUGCUUCCUCGACCGAUCAUGUUCAAGAGAAGGAGGCGGCAGCGACCCCUCUCACCAAGAAGCAAAAAUUCAAACGUCACUGUGGUCGGUUUUGGUGGUGGUAUUUGAUAGGAGCGAUCGUUCUCCUCGCCAUACUUCUGCCCAUUAUAUUCUUGGUGAUCAUACCCGCCAUCGUACAGCGCAUUCUCAACGACCAGACGAUGCCCAUCAGCGGCGGUCAGUUCAUAGCUGUAUCGCCAACUAAGCUCAACGUCUCUAUUCUCACGUCACUCGAUUCGCCUUUACCGGCUAGGAUCGACCCUAUGACACUGCUCUUGUAUAACAAGGACACGCCCACAUUUUCACCUUUUGUCAAUGUGUCUCUACCGGAGCUGCACAUAAAGGGGACCACACCGCUCAAUAUCAAGAACCAGAUCGUCACAGUAACUAAUGAGACUGAAUUGAUAUCGUGGUUCGCAAAUGUUUUCGACCAACCUACCGUCACUUUAUCCACUCGCGGCGACCCAAAAAUCCAUUUGGGCGCACUACACACGAAUGGACAUUUAGACAAGACAGUCACAGUGAACUCGUUGAACAAGCUAGAUGGAUUUUCCAUCCAAGAUCUUCAGCUCCUGAUGCCAGCCAGAGAGAACGGUACCAACAUCCAGGGAACUCUCAAUUUGCCUAAUUGGGGUACUCUCGACCUCGGCAUAGGCAACUUAUCCCUUAAUUUGAUGUCGGGAGACCUUAGAAUUGGUCUGAUCACUGUCUACGACGUCUAUCUUCCCCGCGGUAACAAUAUUAGAUACUUCAAUGGCGAGCUAUUUCUCGACACGCUCUUCCAGAACAUUGGGACGAUUCUUUCCACGCAGGGAGAUGCGCUGAGCGGCGGGAACAUCCAGAUUAAUGCGACGGGUAACGCUACCGUGGUCAAUGGCGAACACAUUAGGUUUAUUGAGACUAUUCUUAACAACAGGACCGUGACGUCUACUACGUCUGUUGUCAAGUUAGCAAGCGACCUCAUCAGCAGCUUUACCAACGGCAGUCAGGUUUCCAUACCCGACAUACUCGAUGAAGUCUUCGGCAACACCACAUUUAUCCAAGAAGUCCUAGGUAAUUGGAAUGCAACGAAGAGCAAUUCUACGUCGACGACGAAGAAGAGGAAUUUGUUGGCAUCUAUACCACGAAGUGUGAGGGGCCCAGGGGCUUUGAGCUUAUUUAAACUGGGGAUGAAGAUGACGACGGGGAAGUUUUAACGAGGACAACGCCCGGGAAGAAAUAGGUAAUACUAACCAACCCAAUGCUGUAAUAUGCAGGGUUAAAUGGUUGGUAACUCAGUACAAUAAUUAGUUAAUGUUUUAACGUUUAAUGAAUGAUAUACAAAGUUAAGAAAAGUGCCUAUUGUACUGUUACUUG